CAGUUUCCAAAUUAGCAAAUUAGCAAGCAACUGAGUGCAACAGAAACAUGAAGCAAAGGAUUGUGAUCAAGGUGCAGAUGACCUGCGACAAGUGCCGUAAAAACGCUCUGGCUCUAGCUUGCUCGACAUAUGGAGUGCAAUCGGUGGGGAUCGAGGGUGAGGAGCGGGACCACCAGCUCGUGGUGAUCGGCGACGGCGUCGACGCCACCUGCCUGGCGAGCGGCCUGCGGAAGAAGGUGAAGGCGGGCAGGGCGGACAUCGUGAAGGUGGAAGCGGUGGGCGACGAGAAGGAGGCGACGACGAAGGACGACGCGGCCGCCAGUAGUGGUAGUAAUCCUAAUCCCGUGGCCGGGUGGCCGCCGCAGUGGUACCCCUACCAUCCCGGCUACUACUGCCCAGGGCCGGGCGUCGUCCACCCGUACGCCGGCCACUGCCUUGUCGAAGACCCUUGCGCCGACGACGAGGCUCCGUGGCGGUGCACCAUCAUGUAGCAGGGCACUCAUCGAUGGAGUGUAGUAUAGGCACUAGGCAGCAGCAUCUGAUCAGUCUCUUCGACCAGUAGAGGGGAAAAAGUAUUUCACUACCACGACAUGAGAUGCAAGAAAAACAUUUUUCCAUAUUCGUAAA